AGAGCCAAAUUCCGAGAGGGCGUACCGCGUCGCGCGGCAGCACCUGACACGACGAGAGCACGCCCGAUGGUAAAAGAGAAGGCUGCCCCGCUCGCCGCCGCGCUGGUGCUCGCGGCAGCCUGCCAGCACCCCAGGGCAGCCGGGAGCGCGGCGCUGGUGCUCGCGGCGCGCGGGUCCGCAGCCGGGCGCGUCGGCGGCGCGCUGCUGGCGGCGGCGGGGUUCGCAGCAGGAGACGCCAACAAUGGUGUCGCGUCGUCGUAUCGCGCAGUGUAGAAAUCAAACCGGUGUUCCGACCGAUCGUGCUCGCGCGUCCGUCGGCAGACUUAACCUCGAAACGACGCAGGUGUAGCGGAUGGAGUUGUCAUUAUCAUGGCCAGUAUUGCCCGCCCGGUAGACCCGGAAGCCACACGCCAGGUUACGGUCACGGCUAUUGCUGCGAUUAUUACAGCUGGACAACCUCCCUCGGCGCAUGCCUAUCGGCUCCAGCAGGAUAUUAUAGUAAUAUCUACAACAACGGAGCGACUACUGCAUGCGGAGCCGGGACGUAUCAACCAAGUGCCGGAUCCCAAACCUCGUGCGUUCACUUGUGCGGCGCGGGAUGGUACUCCGAAGCGGCGUGGAGUUCGUGCGGUCAAUGCGGCGCGGGCAAGUACUCUUCCGGGAGUGCCAAUGGCGGCUGCACGAACUGCCCUGCGGGGACUUACUCUCCUCAUGCGAGGAACACUGGAUGUCCUGCAUGCGCCACGGGAUACUACUCUGGAGAGGCAUGGGCCUCGUGCGGAAUAUGUGCCGCGGGCCAGACGUCGAACUCAGCCAAAAGCGGGUGUCAAGACUGCCCCGCGGGCUACAUCUCGAGCGCGGGAACUGCGUGCGCCGCCUGCCCCGCGGGCCAGACGUCUAACUCGGCGCACACGGCCUGCGUGACUUGCGCCGCGGGAGAAUUUUCGGUGCAGGGCGGCACGUGCCAGCCGUGCCCCGCGGGCACGUCCUCGACAGCAGGUCAACCCAACUCUUGCUCGAUCUGUCCCGCGGGAACGUACGCGACGGGAGGCCAAGCCGGCGAAUGCUUGAAGUGCGGCGACGUCGGCUACGCUGGCUACCUUGAGAGUCUUUGGGACCCGAACCAGAGCGGCUUAACGAGCGAAAACGAGUGCGAUUGCGCACCCGGCCAAACCGGCACGAACUGCGAUCAAGCUGAAUGCGCGGGCACGAAGCCAGCGGUGUCGCUCGGAUUUCUUGUAUUAGAAGUGCAAUGGCCGCGGCACGCGCGAGUGCUCUCGAGGAACGAGGCCUUCUCGGGCAUCUCGGCAGCGUUCCGUGCAUUCGACGUGAAUUCGGACAAUCAUUUAAGCGUCACCGAGGCGAGGGCCAGCGUCUAUCAAUGCAAUUAUUAACCGAGGCCGCGUUCGUCGGUGACUCACUGUCCGCGCAGGCAAGGAGGGCGAUAGCGGACGGUGGCAUGGCGAUUCCUUUGAAGGUGUCGCACAUCUGGUCGAGAGAUGGCGUCAAGCUGGACGAGAACGACGUGACCAUCACGGACAUGAUCCAGGAUGAGCUCGACCGGUUGGAGACGCAGGGCACGAAGGACUACCACGAUAAGCCGAGCGGCUCCGGCGAAAUCUCGGCGAUGACGGCGACCUAUCCGAAUCCCCUCUCUACGAACACCGAAUGUACAACCCAGAAUCAGGCUAAACCAGAACUCGAGUGGACCGUCGACCGCGGCGAGAAGAUCAUCUUCCAGCAGUGCGCCUUCUUCAACGGCCAGGCGCUCUCUGCGUACGAUAGCUGGGAUGACGACGUCUCGAGUGGAGACAGCAACGUAGAUUCUAACGACUGCCGCGGCGAAUUCGACUCCGAGUGCGAGUUCAAGUUCCAACUCGGUCCCGACUACAAGGUAGAGUCUCACCAUCGAAGCCCCUGCACGGCCGCGGGUGAGAUUACCUCCGAGGGAAGCUGCGUCGAAUCGCCAGACGGCGAGCUCGUCGUUAAUUUAUGGCCAAGCGAGUACAGCGCGCCGAUCGACGUCGGCGCAUGCGGGUGCCCCGCGAGCUUCCCGUACCCACACGUAAGUAUUCCAGGGAUCUGCUACAACGACGCCUCGUACACUGCCGGUGGCCCGUGCGGCAGCUGGUGCACGUUGGACGCCGCGGUUGGUUCCGGUUGCGGAGAUAAUUCUGGUAACAUGUGUUCCGACGGCGGCUGCAACCUGGGCACGGUGCCGACACCGGCCAACUACGAGCUCUCGCUCACCAUCGCCAUGGAUCAAGAUGAGGUUUUCGGAUCUACCAUUUCUAUUAUCCAUCUGACCGGCAAGGACGAGGCGAACGGGCUACGCUACCCCGGUCUCUGGUUUUCGGACGUGGGUCGCUUGUAUGUUGCCCGUAGCAACGAAAACAGUGGGGAGACAAAUGCAUAUGCGACUACUGUGUUCAAGGCGGGCGAAUCUUAUGAGAUCAGAAUCACCAAUAUUGACUCGUUGCUCAGCGUUUACGUGGACGGCCUGCUGGAAGUCUCUACACAAGGAACCUCGACGAGUGCGCCCGCGGACGGCGGCGUGCUAUAUGUGGGCGGUCCUUGGUACGCGCCAGUAAAAGCGACGAUCUCCGACGUUAUCUUUCGCGAGGUCGAGGCGCUCGCCAUCAGCAAGCACAGCUACUGCGUCGAGACGAAGUUCUGUCCUGGUGUGGGCCAGGCCGAGUGCGCGCUGAGUCUGCCCGGUCCAUACACCGCUUCCAAGGGUAACAAGGUGGGGACUGCCGAUGUCACGUUCGAGGACUACGUGCUCUCGUUCACGAUGGAGCUGGCGGGUGACUGGAGCAUCACGGGCGCGUGGCAGUCCGUCUUUCACAUCGGCGACGAAAAUGGCCACCGCAUGCCUGGCAUCUGGUUUGAACCAAACGACAACAGACUGUACGUAAACCAUGACACUUGCUGUGGUGCAUCCACCGACACCUCCUUCGGUUUCACGGCCGGAAGGACCUACGACAUCAAGGUCGUUCUCGAUAAGAGCAAGCUGGUCCUGUACGUCGAUGGCGUUAAGCUCGCCACCUCUACCGGGGGCUCGACCCCUGCUCGGGAGAACGCUGCCGUGUACGUCGCGGAUCCGUGGUACGACGCCGCCAAAGUCACGCUCUCGGACAUCUGCUUGAAGGAGAUUCCAGUUUGCGACUUAGAUACGGAGGGCAUCACGACAACGACGCGCUGCACGACGGGCCUCCAGUACGACGGAACGCCCAUGGAUAUAUUCCCGCGCAUGCUGGGCAAGGAAGGCGUCUCGAUUAGCUGGCUCGACACGUCGACGGUGGCGAGCGGCUACCGCAUCUACAAAUACGACCCUUCCGCGCCGUUCGCUGAGGACACGUCGGCCCGGCUCCUGCGCGAAGUCUCUUCUUCUACGUGUGGGCUCACGCACAACUAUCUGGAUUUCCGCGACGCCACGACAGGAUCAGAGCCAGGCCUUGGGGUCGGCUACGCCAUCGUGCCGCUCGACGCGGCUGGCGCCGAGAUCAAGGACAAGGUCGGCGUGAGCGGGGACAAAUUCGCCCUAUCGAGCAGCGGCUCCCGGAGGCGCGCGCGGCGACUCCAGGGCGGGGCUUCUUCGUCCACAACCAGCGGCUUCAUCGUGACGUGGUUUGGCGACGUUCGGGUCUCCGUCGUGGCCGAGGGAGGUGGACCAGUCGAGAAAGUCACCGUGAAGCUGUCGCGCAUGAAAGAUGAUGGCAGCGGCAAAGUGGACGUCGAUGAGACAUACAGGGAAUUCCUCGAGGAAGAGACAGAUGCCUACGGAGAAGCGGUGCUAAGGGUGCGCGUCCAGGAUAGCAAUUGGUUUAGUAAAACGCAGCACUUCCGCGUGGACGUCGAGAAGUUAAGUGAUAAAAAGGAGGGCGCGGACUACGACCAAGAGAGCCCAUUGAGGGUCUCGGGAUUCGACGACUCGCUGGACAGGAACGGGGCAUACUUCCCCGUUCCUGAUAGCAGCAGCAACAGCAUAGCUCUGUGCAACGGCAUGCCCCGCUACGAGUGCAGGGAUUGCGGUGGCUACCUAUGGCGUUCCGCGGAUAAAGUUUGGAUUAUCAACGACGAAUCUACCUGUAUUACUACGAACAAUUACGCUGGAUCCAGUUGGGCUACCUUGACCGGCUCUUCUACUGACCCAACUUCUGCUACCAGCCGGAUCUGGGGCGAUCCGAUCAAGGUCCUCGGAAUACUGGAACACGACUUCGAGCCCCCAACCCAGCAAGCGAUCUUGCGCCACCUGGAGGAGGCCCCCUUGACCUUCAUCGACGAGACGGCCGUCGUCAUCUCGGGCACCGUGUCGCACGCCGGCUUCGGUGCCGCUUACUUCGCUGAGGACUGCCCUCACACGAAGUUCCAGUUCCUGUUAGACUCUUUCCUUGUCUCAGGAACCUCCAAUCAUCAAGACACGCACGGGACGUACCGGCAGAACGGGCUGUGCGAGGAUGUGCCCUACUACGAGUGCGUCGACUGCAGCAGCGAUCAGUAUAUUUGGUACAAAACUGGAAAAUGGCACAUCGGAAGUGACGGCUGUGGAAGUGCUUCUGCAGCGAUACAUGUGGCUGACUCGGCCCAGGACCUUGAGGCAGUAUCUGGUACUUGGCAGGAAGAUACCGGAUCCGGCUUCGCCCCCGAUACCGCCAUCUCGGUCGCAGCCAUCUACACGAGGGCGGACACAGAGGAGUGCAUCUGUUCCGUCGACGGCGCAAAGCUCGAGAUCACGCGCGCUUCGGGAGCCGUCGAAGACGUGGAGCUGCAGGACGACGGCACGUACUCGACCGCCGUCUUCAACGGUGAGAUUGUGACGCUCAGCCUGAAAGAAUACUACGGCGGCGCUUCUCCGCCCGAGUGCACGGCUGUUGGCACGUCCACACACGAAGGCCGCUCGCUUCACUGCGUCCAAUUCACGGACACGACGGGGACGCAGUUUGUAGACGUCCUCGAGGUGAUAGAUGGUACUCUGACAUGUGGUCACUUCGACGACAACUCCUGCCCCGCUGGCUACGACAUCUGGGUCCCGCGGAGCUACGAGCACGCAAAGGCCGUGCGUGAUAAGUACCAAAGCAUCACGGGCAAAGAGCAUUUGCCCAACCUCGUCGGCGUCUACCGCGAGCAGCAUGGGACUUAUCCCGAAACCAUUACGUACGCGAUGAAUAGCGACGACGCGGGGGCCGUCGUCGCUGGCUGGACGAGCGUCGCGGGGUCGCCGUGGUUUCUGCGAGAGGCAGAGACUGCCUCAUCAACAUAUUACAAUGAGCCGAACGGAGGGAAAUCUGCGUCGGAAAGCUACCAGGCGGGAUCCUGGAUCUCUAUUACGGGUUGGGAUGAUACUAUAGGGUUUCAGUUCAACGACGAUCCGAGGCCUUCGGAUCAGUGUGUAAAGGACUACCUCUGUAGCUUCAACUCCGUCGCGCACACGUUCUCGGUCACGCACGCGUUUUCGGCCGCCCAAGCAACGCAAUUCUCGGUCAAUCCAUCGGGUGGCCAGGCGCCGACGUUCAACUACAAGGCAGACGAAAAUGCCGAGGUCCACUUCCUCGACACGAGUAUGCAGAGCCUCUCCGCGAGACUCGUCGCGGGCGCGAAUCGAGAGCCGGCCUCGUACGUGAAUGGCGUGCCGGUCGUCGCGAGCGUCGCGCGCUGUGGGUGGGAGCUGCCGGCCUGGAUACUGCGGGGCGAGGCCGCCUUCUGGCUCGGAGCCGCCGCGUUCGACGUGCGCGUGCUCGAGGCGGACGAGGUCGACGAGCCGAAGUAUUACUACCCGCCCGGCACUUUAUCUAAUGCCGACCAAGAGCUCGUGGUUCACGACUGCGAUGGCGACCCUGACGGUCCGACGCCGCGCGAUGAGAUGGUAGGAACGCUUUUCGUGUCUGGUGACGAUGAUGACACCGUGAACGCUGAGGAAAUUAUGCUCCGCGGCUGCCGCGCGAAGAUCCCCGACGUAUCCGGGAGCGCAGAGAGACCCUGCGCGACCAUGGACUACACCUACGUAGACGAGCUGCCGGUAGAUCGAAACUUUGGCAGGGAUCUCGCCCACAAUAGCGCGGCGGCGGCCUUGGUUCAGUUCGAAAUCAUUUCGCCGCUCUGUCUCAAUGCAGUAAAGGCCGGAUCUAAAAUCGAGGACCUCCUGCUCUCGCCCCCCGAACCUCUCACGGAUGACCCUGAAACGGACGACACUAUUAACAUUUACGGCGAGGCCUGUACCAGCAACGAGGACUCGAUCUUGAACAAGGGCGACGUCGUGGAGUUCAAGUUCGAGCUCGUGGAGCGCGAGCCAAAUUGUGGUGCCGACGGUAUUUAUCCGUGGGAUGAGGGCGGCAAAUGUAACGGCUACGAGAAUAACCCACCGCCUAGUGUGAACCUGCCGUCGGACGACCACCAGAUCAAGAUCCAUGUCGCCGACGGCGUGACCCCCGAGGACUACGAGGAAAGCUGCCCAAGUAUCACCCCGAGUACCGCCUGCUCCGAGUCGAGCGAUGGAUCCAUCCUCGAGUUCACGCAUUUCAUGACGGCCGGCGAACCCAACCCCUUCGCGCCCUUCUCGAAGAAGAUCAGCGUGGAGUUCACGCGGGCGUUCGACAACGCCAGGAUUUUGUUCGAGCGCCACGUGCUGAUACUGGGAUCGAUCGCUGAGGAGGUUCCUCAGGUCUGGACGACGGCCGUGGAGGGUCUGAUCUUCUCGGUCCUCCGCGACCCGCCGGGCGGCGCGUCGACGGCCACGCUCGUCGAAGGGUCAACAAUCUCGACGUCCAUGGCCAUCGAGGGCGCGCACGCCGCAACGUUGGGCAAGACGUUCCAAUGGAGCGCCUCUGGAGGCAUUCAGGGCGGUUUCAAAACUGCGCCGCCCGGGGUCAUUUUCAACGGCGUGGGUAUUGGAACCAACCAUGGAGGAGGUCAGUCAGAUAGUACUAGCAUUACCGUCAGCCGCGGAUCAUCGUCACACUUUGACAUCGGCAUCUCCUUUGGAAUUGCCAUCACCACUUCUGACUCGCCAUACCUGGCGGGCCAGCCGUCCGAUGUUAUUAUUGGUGGCGGCGCCAACCUGCGCUUCAUCUCGGCCAUAGAGGUCUACAGAGACCCACCAGAGGGAGAGGGGAAAAAUGGAAACGGUGAGAUCUGUCUCGCCGGAAGGCAGACGGUCGAGUUCAUACCUGAGAGGAUCACGACGUACGUCAUGACGGUCUACGAGAUCGAGAAGACGAUCGAGCGUUUGGGCGAAGCGGUUCGGGACAUAGGUAAUGGAGACAUGGAAAUAUCAGGUGAGGGCAUGGACGCUACGAAACUGCAAACACAGCUAACUAAUUGGGAGAAAGUGCUCACAGCCUACCGGGCAACCGAGAAGACGAGCGUCGCCGCACAGCUUCAGACGGUAAUGGACGGUUUGCACACGGACUUUACAAAGUUUCACAAAGACCUAAACGACCUAAGCGACGCGCAGUCCUCCGAAGUCAAGGACUUCGUCGCGCGGGGGAUUGAGAACCUCAACAGGCACAAGCGUGGCGAGGACAUGCAGUCUGUGAUACCUGAUGGGGGAGUUGAAGACGGAGGGGUCACCGACGAUAUUAAGGAAAAAUCUGCAGGAUUUGACGGGCACAAAUAUAUCGAGGACACGGUCGGCAAGGUGAGUGAUAGCGUCACGGAAGCAGCAAAAGCUUGCGCCGUGGCAACGAGCAAGAUAGAUCCCACCAAUCUUCAUCCUCUGUGCACCGCUUACCAAAACAUCGGAGAGAAAGUGGACCUUGUCCAGACGCUCCUCGGCGUGUGCGGCUUUGAGACUGACAUCGAGUCUGUGAAGACGUUCUGCAAGCGAGACGGUACGGUGCCCGGCAUCGGAACGACCAUGAGCGGAGCUCAUUAUCUGAGCGCGUUAAACUUCCUCAGCGACACGGAAAGAUUCCUCACGUUCUCCGGCUCGACGGGCGUCGACUUCUCGUGGGACGUCGCGGAGGCGCGCGGGUCCGAUGUGUCCGUGACCACGGAUGGGUCGUUAGAGGGCGGCUGGAACUACGACGGUAGUUUUGGUUUUCAGAUCGGCCGGCGCCUGACCGACGAGUCUCGUUCAAGCAGUGGCCUCGUGUCCUUGGCCGGCUACGCGUACCCGACGAGCGGUCCCGUGCACGCCGUGUCCAAGAAGCUGCUCGAGGUGACGCCCGAGGCGCUCGCGGAGAAACGGCGGAAGCUGGUGGAGGAGGCGGCGGCUGCGCCCGAGCAGGGGCGACGGAAACUCCCAGUGAACCAAGCCACCAAGGAUAAAAUGAAUGAGAUUCUCACGGCCGCGCAGAAGAUCAACACGCCCGAACACGAGGGCCCCCCCGAAGGCGGCGGGUGUCGCCGCCGCCUGCAGCUCGGCAUCCAGGGCUGUGGUACGUGGGGUCACGCAGAAACAGAUUCAUUUUCGGUGAGCAUGUCGCGGUCCGCCAACAAGGAGACCGGACACACGCACACCGUAGCUGUUUCCCUUAAAGAUGACAACGUGAGGGACGUGUUUGCCGUCCAGGUCGCGAUGGAUGCGACCUACGGCACGCCCAUUUUCACGACCUUGGGGGGCUUCUCGUCGUGCCCCGGUGAGACGGGCACGACACGGCGGGACAGCGGGGUCAGCAUCAUUAGCAUCACGCCGCAGUGCGCAACCGAAGGCUGCAAAGACCUGGAACCCGGCGAGACCGCCUUCUUCUCCGUGCAGCUUCAGAACAGAUCGCCUUGGCGAGCUGGCGUGCGGUACUGGCUCCGCGCGGCCAACGGCGGCACGACGUGGUGGUACUCGGGGAAACAAACGGAUGCCGGCGACGAGUGUCCUGAGGGCGACAUGGGCGCGCUCGAGAUGGGUGCGGUAUCUCUAACCAACCUAAAUAUGCGGGACGGAGACGGCCUGGUUAUUGACCCGAUUCCGUACGGACAGUCCGAGGUUCACAUCUUCGUCGCGCGGAACGACGACAUGCCAGAUCAGUGCUACAAGUACUCGAAGAUCCAGCUCGAACUCUACGCGGAUUGCGAGGAUCCAGACGAUGACGGCAUCCAGGAGGUGUACCAGUACCAGACAAGCAUGGACGAGAACCCUGCUUCGAGGUCGUACGGCGAGAUUGCAGUCGAAUACCCAAUUUGGGACAUAGGCACGUCCUCCUGGUCGAAGCCGGCCCGGGGCCCCGAAUCACACAGCAUGACCUUCGACGUGUCGUGGAAGAAGACUUCCAGCGAAGAGCCAGUCGACCUUCAAGUACUGUACGACAUGCUCCAGCAAAUGCAAGAUGAGAACGAGCAAACUGCGGCAGCGUCGGGCGGCGGGCUGGCCGCCGGUGCCGUCUUCUUGCUGGCCGUCGCCGCCAUCGGUUACUACGCGUACCAUCGCUACCAUCGCCAGAAAACUGCUCAGAUCGAGGCGAAUCAGAGACAACCGACGUGGGACGACGCCGCCCGGGCGAACUACGACGCCAUCGACGUCGAGACUCACGAAACGAACAAAGAAGACCAGGACACCUUCGAAAGGAACGUCGAGGUCGACGUCGAGCUCGAGGUCCAAAAGGCGCCGCCGCGACCCGCCGGCGGCGCAUUGGAGCUCAGCGACAUGUCCAAGCCGGCCGCCUACCCGGGCGGCCAGUCGCUGCCGCCCUGGCCGUACCCCGAGGCGAAACCGACAGCGCGCCCGACGCCGGCGUCCUACGACCCGGCCUGCAUUCUCAAGGUGUCGUGGCCGCGCGGCGCCGCACGGCCGACGGAGGACACGCUGCGUGAGACGUUCCAGGCGCUCGCGCCCGUGCUGAACGUCGGCCUCGGCAGCGGCAACGCCGCGAUGGUGGUCUUCAAGGACGCCGCCGGCGCGCGCGCCGCCGAGGCGGCAUACGACGGGCCGUGGCGGACCGCGCCCGCCAAGCCCCCCGCGGCCGCCGCUGAUCAGCCGCCGCCGCCGCCCAAGACGGGCGAGGUGUGAUAGCCUCCCCGCGAGCUCGCCGGACUCGCCCCCGGUGCAUCGCCACGGUGCAUCGGUCGCAGUCGCCCCCUGUGUAUCGCCACGGUGCAUCGGUCGCAGUCGCAGUUCGUAUCGCCCGCCCCCUUCUUCGUCGCGUCGAGAACCGGCGCGGCAUAUCCUGCCAUGCU